GUACCCGCAUGCCUGGGAGCUGCCAACACUGAUCCGGGUGAGCAUCGAGAGUGGGCGCAUGACCCAUCACCACCCCACAGGGUACCUCGGGGCACUGGCAGUGGCCCUCUUUGGGGCGCUGGGGGCUCGGGGGGAGCCCCCAGAGCGCUGGGGGGCCGAGCUGCUGCGGGUCCUGCCCCUCGCAUGGGACUACGUGGAAGGUGCCGGGGUGGCCGUGGGGGACAACGCUGCUGCCUGGCCCUUCUUUGGAGAUGCCUGGCACCGGUACCUGGUGUCACAGGGACCACUGGAGAGCCACAGCCUGGUGACCCCCAGUGUCACUGGUGACACCAAUGACCCCAGUGUCCGCAGUGACACCAAUGUCCCUGGUGACUCCAGUGUGCCAUCCCUUCCAUCACCGGCCGAGCGGGAUGCAGCAUACCUUGGCUGGGCACUGGAGGGGUGGCCAGGGCGCAGCGGCCAUGAUGCACCUAUGGUGGCCUUGGAGGCCCUGCUGGCAGCCGGCGGAUGUUGGGAGGACCUGUGUGCCAGGGGGGUCCUGCAUGGCGGGGACAACGAUUCGACAGGGACCAUCGCCGCUGGGUGCUGGGGGCUGCGGGGGGGGCUGGCGCCUGUCCCCCCGGGGCUGCACUGCUGCCUUGAGCACCGUGGGCGACUGCGCGAUGCUGCCCACCGCCUCCACGCGCUGGCCUGGGGGAGAUGCUGA